UACAUAUGUGUACAUAUUCACAGUUACUGUAUGCAUUCCUAAAGAGGCGGUCAUAUAAGUACACAUCGAAUUUCACCAAAUCUUAAAGCAAAUCUUUUAAUCAUUGCAAGCAUCUAAAAUCGAUAAGAUGACCUGGACGGAGUUGCUGUCAAAUCUUUCGACAAAUCCAUACUUUGGAGCGGGUUUUGGUUUAUUUGGAGUUGGUGCCAGCGCAGCAAUUCUUAGAAAAGGUCUACAAGGAGCCUCAAUUUUAUUUCGACGACAUUUAAUGAUAACAUUAGAAGUACCAUGUAGAGAUAAGUCGUAUCAAUGGCUAUUAAAAUGGAUAACCGUUAAGGGAGCUAAAAAAACUCAGCAUUUAAGUGUAGAAACAUCGUUUUUACAAAACGACAAUGGCCAGGUUAAAACAAGCUACCAUUUUAUUCCUAGUAUUGGAAAACACGUUUUUCGGUACAAAAAUAAUUGGAUUCAAGUUGAGAGGACGAGAGAACAGCAGACAUUAGAUAUACAAAUGGGUGUUCCUUGGGAAUCCGUAACAUUGACAGCGUUUGGUAACAAUAAGCAAAUAUAUUUUGAUAUCCUAGAAGAAGCGCGUCAACUAGCAUUAGAGGCAACAGAAGGAAAAACACUCAUGUAUACAGCUAUGGGCUCUGAAUGGAGACCAUUUGGGCAUCCUCGAAGACGUAGACCUACGACUUCAGUUGUGUUAGACCUUGGGAUAUCCGAAAAAAUAAUUGCUGAUUGCAAUGAUUUUAUUUCAAAUUCAUUGUGGUAUACAAAUCGUGGAAUUCCUUACCGUAGGGGCUACUUGUUAUAUGGACCACCAGGAUGUGGUAAAUCAAGUUUUAUUACUGCCUUGGCGGGAGAGUUAGAAUAUGGAAUCUGUUUGCUUAAUUUAUCGGAAAGGGGGCUUACUGAUGAUAGAUUAAAUCAUCUUUUAAAUGUAGCUCCAGAACAAACAAUAAUAUUACUUGAAGACAUUGAUGCUGCCUUUGUCUCUCGAGAGUCUACUUUACAACAAAAAUCUGCGUAUGAUGGUUUAAACAGGAUAACAUUUAGUGGAUUGCUAAACUGCCUAGAUGGCGUUGCAUCUACCGAAGCGCGCAUCGUUUUUAUGACGACUAAUUAUAUAGAUCGUUUGGAUCCCGCAUUAAUUCGACCUGGUCGAAUAGAUUUGAAAGAAUAUAUAGGAUAUUGCAGCCAAUAUCAACUUGAAGAAAUGUUUAAAAACUUUUUUGGUGAAAAUGAAACCUUAAAAUCUGUAGAAUUUGCUCAAAAACUUAUCGCUUCAUCUCGUGCAGUUAGUCCAGCCCAAGUACAAGGCUUUUUCAUGAAACAUAAAUCUUCCUCUCCACAACAUGUAGUUAACUGUUGUCAGAGUAUUUGGGAAAAUUAGUAUUCGUAUUAAUUGUUUUAAAAUUAUGUAGUAAAAAUACAGUUAAAAGAAAAAUAUUUACCGAGUGGGAAACGUAGUUAAAAAAAGACUGCUUGUAUUAGAAUAAUAAAAAAAAGAAACCA